UGAACUUGACCGUUAUUUUUGUCCAAAACACGCUUGUAUUUAAAAACGAGUUCCGAAACUCAAAUGGACCAUUAACGUCUAACCCUUUUGUCGUCUUCAGAACUAAAGUAGCCUACUCUGAGGAAAACUAAAGUGUUUUCUGUAAUCCACGCCGCUGGGUGUCGCUCUGGAGCAAGAAAUGCCUCGGCCUCUCCCCCUCCCCUAAACAUCUCCUCCGAAUGUGUGUAUGUGUAGCGCCGAGAAAGUAAGUCUGUGUUUCCAGCUGACUGCUCGCUCGCUCUCUCUCAGUGUGUGUGUGUAUGUGUGUGUGUUGUCAUUAUUAUUAUCCAGUCUGCUCCCAGCUCAGAAUGGCCAGAUUCACUCAGUCUGAGACAGGAAGGGAGCAGCACCCACAGCCGCCCCAUACCGCUUACUCCAGUCCGCUUUUCACUGGACCCGGGGCAGCACCGACCCAACAUCCACUCCUCCUAAUCCCGCACCAGCACCAGUACGCUCAGAUCCCAUUUCCUAAACCCAUGAACGGGUCAGAAUCCAUCUCCAUUCAUCCGGAGAGCGGCACCAUGAAAGACCAAGAUGCCAUAAAACUCUUUAUCGGGCAAAUACCGCGGAACCUCGAGGAAAAAGACCUGAAACCAUUGUUCGAACAGUUUGGGAAAAUCCACGAAUUGACAGUAUUAAAGGACCGAUACACCGGCAUGCACAAAGGCUGCGCGUUCCUCACCUACUGCGCCCGCGAGUCGGCCAUCAAAGCCCAGAACGCCCUCCACGAACAGAAGACACUGCCGGGGAUGACUCGCCCCAUCCAGGUGAAGCCAGCUGACAGCGAGAGCCGUGGAGAAGACAGGAAGCUGUUCGUUGGGAUGCUAAACAAACAGCAGACGGAGGAGGACGUGUACCGUCUUUUCGAGCCCUAUGGAGUCAUCGAGGAGUGCACUGUGCUACGAGGUCCGGAUGGAAAUAGUAAAGGCUGCGCCUUUGUAAAGUUCUCCACACACGCCGAAGCUCAGUCCGCAAUCAGCGCCCUGCACGGCAGUCAAACCAUGCCAGGCGCGUCGUCCAGCCUGGUGGUCAAGUUUGCCGACACGGACAAGGAGCGCACCAUCCGCCGCAUGCAGCAGAUGGUGGGCCAGUUUGGCAUCUUCAACCCUGCUAUCGCCCUGCCCUUCAGCACCUACAGCACCUACGCACACGCGCUGAUGCAGCAGCAGGCGGCCCUCAUGGCUGCCAGUCACGGAGGCUACCUGGCGCCCAGCGUGGCCUUUCCAACUACCCAGAUCCACCAGAUGGGGGCGCUCAAUAUCAACAGCCUGCCACCCACCCCCAUGACCCCGGUGUCGGGUGAGUUUCAUCAGACACUGGCAGGCCUCAGCUCACCGCCUGCCAACAUCACCACAUCUGGCGUCCCCAGCAUCGUCACUCCUAUCGUCAACGGCUUUACCAGCAUCCCUCACCAGCCCAACGGACACCCUGCGGUCGAGGCCAUGUACACCAACGGACUGCCCCCUUACUCCACCCAAAGCCCCACAGCUGCGGACACCCUACAACAGGCUUUCACCGGGGUGCAACAAUAUACAGCCAUCUACCCAGCAACCACACUGACCCCUAUUGGCCAAAGCUUGCCUCAGCCUCCACAAGUCAUUCAACAGCAGCAGCAGAGAGAAGGUGAGGGACCAGAGGGCUGCAAUCUCUUUAUCUACCACCUACCACAGGAAUUUGGUGACAACGAACUCAUGCAGAUGUUCCUCCCAUUUGGUACGGUCAUCUCCUCCAAGGUCUUCAUGGACAGAGCCACCAACCAGAGCAAAUGUUUUGGCUUCGUGAGCUUCGACAACCCAGCAAGUGCGCAGGCCGCCAUCCAGGCCAUGAACGGCUUUCAGAUCGGCAUGAAGAGGUUGAAAGUGCAGUUAAAACGGCCGAAGGAUGCGAGCCGCCCGUAUUGACAGGGCUCCACCCACACAGGGCUCUCAGCAACAGCACAGGAUUUGAAGAGCGGCAUCGCAGAAGGAAUUGAACUUUUUUUCUUUCAAAACUAACAAGAACAACACGAGUGGAUUUUUUUUGAAGACAUAUCAGCAUUUAUUUUAGGAAGAUGUCCGGGAUAGAGGAGGCGGGAUUGCAGGCGAACCGGCACCCGUGGACAAACCACAGUCAGCACAGCGCACGGAAGACAAGUGGAAGAUCUCUCUAAAGACAAGAGAACUCAACACGUCCCGUCUCUCGCUGAGCUUCGCACCGUCAAGUCAAGCAACGAACAAAAAGAAAAAAAUAAACGAGCGAGAACAACUUUGAUUUCUAUAUACAUAUUAUACACACAUAUGCUAUUUAAAGGAAGAGGCGCUUAUGGCUUUUAUUACACUGGACAAAUGAGGGUUAAACUUGAAGACCAAGAUAAAAUGCAGUGGAAAAAAAGAAGCUCUUCUUGUCCCGCUAGUGGACUUUCUUUCUCUUUUCCUCUUACCUUUUCUUCUGUCACCAUCUUUCCGCAAACGCAGGACAUUCUGUGGUCACAGAGGUUUCCAUGCCCUCAGUGAAACUGAUCAAUCUUUCACCCCAAAGGGACCAAAGGACCAAACAUUUUUAUUCCUCAACAGAAAUAUAUGGUAUUAAUAACAAUACUAAUACUGCAAACUACUACUAACGACAUAAGUUUAAAGAAAGAAAGAAAAAAAAAAGCAUAAAUAUUCGCUUCAGGUCGGAAGAGGAAAGGGAUUUUUGAUUUCUUUUCCUUUUACAUUUCUAGCUACUGGGUUUCAGAAUAUUUAAACAAAAUAGAAAAACGAAGACAAAAAAAAUAAUAAGUAUUUUAAAAGCUAUACUAUUUUAGUGGAGUAGAAUAGGUGGAUUGGAGAUUGUUAGGAGCAUGUUCAGCCAUGAAGAAAAAAAAAAAAAACAUGAAAAAAAACAAAGGGGGAAACUGUUCAUCAUCCAUUCAUGU